UUCGUGGUUUCCGGUGAAGAAGGUUCUCCGAGGCCAGGAAGUGACCUUUUCAAACAACUACCUGCAGGUUCGCUCCGGUGCGGAUAGACGCGGAACCGGCGCUCCGUUUGGCGCACAGACUGCCGCAGACCGCAGACAUGGAGCCGGAGAACAUUUUCCUCUUCGUCCCCAAUUUAAUCGGUUAUGCCCGGGUGGUGCUGGCCCUGAUCUCCUUCUACCUGAUGCCCUGCUGCCCGUGGCCGGCCGUCUUCUGCUACCUGCUCAGCGCCCUGCUCGAUGCCUUCGAUGGCCACGCCGCGCGGGCACUCAAUCAGUCCACCAAGUUCGGCGCCAUGAUGGACAUGCUGACUGACCGCUGUGCCACCAUGUGUCUGCUGGUCAACCUGUCCCUGCUCUACCCCUCCUACACCUUCCUGUUCCAGCUCAGCAUGUGUCUGGACAUCGCCAGCCACUGGCUGCACCUGCACAGCUCGACGAUAAAGGGAUCGGCGAGUCACAAAACCAUUGACCUCUCCGGGAACCCCAUCCUUCGCCUCUACUACACCUCCAAGCCGGUUCUGUUUGUGAUGUGCGCCGGGAACGAGCUCUUCUUCUGUCUGCUCUACAUUCUCUAUCACAUCGAGGAGCCUGCCGGCUGGCUCUACUGGCUGCAGGGACUCUGCGGGAUCAUCUGCCUGCUCAAGUCCGGCAUCAGCCUCCUGCACCUCGUCACCGCCUCCCAGAACAUGGCCGCCAUGGACGCCGCCGAGCGGGAAAAAGCCGCAAAGAUGAAGUGAGAGGUCGGGAGGAGGCGGCGAGAGCUGCGACAGCAUCAGCACAUCCGCCGCCAUUUCAUGUAUUGUUGUUUUCUAAAGGGAGACGGUAAAGUUUGUGUGUGUGUGUGUGUGUGUGUUGAGUUUGUCAGACAGGAGGAGGAGAUGGUUUAUGACCAAACACGGAGAAAAAUAUUCCAAGUCCGCGCCACAGUCUUUAAAUCAUAUCUAAACUCAUAACAGAAACAUGGAGCACAUGCAGGACGUGACGUACUGUUACACGGACAGGUGAAGUCCCGGUUUAUCCUCACCUGUUUUAUUCUGCUGUCAGAGCCACAGGUGUGAGAAUUAAGACAUUUAUUUCACAUUUUGUUUAUUUUAAUGUUUUUGUUUCCAUUAAAGCUGAAACGAGUUGAUUAAUAUCCAAUCUACUGAUUUUCAGCCACUAUUGUCGGUCAGUCGCUGCUGCUUCGUUCUGUCAGUUUCACAACAAAUUUAAAAAAACAUGAGUUUGGACAGGCAAAUAUGGAGGACCAAAAACAGAGUUUAAAAAUCACAGAGAGCAUCAGAACUGUUAAAAAUGACUGUAGGCAGUAAAUAAUUUACAAAAUGUGACAUGAUUAAUAUUUCAGUUGUAAAUUGCUUCUGUAGUUAUUUAUCCUUUAAAUUUUAAAUAUAUAAAUAACUGUAAAAAGAUACAGAAAUGAGGAAAUGUAAGGGAAAAAUGCUACAGACAUAUGUAGUAAAAAUAUAUAAAUAAAAACAAGUAAAAUGGGUAACAAAGGUGAAUAAAUUCAGAAAAGUUUUUUGGCAUUCUCAGACCUCCGUACUUGCAUAUCAACUUAGAAUUUUCCAGAUUUUUUUUUUUUUUUUUCAUUUUAUCGACCAAAUUAUUAACUGAUCCACAAAGUAACAAAAAACAGCUUUAUUGUUAUUAUUAUUAUUAUUGUUGUUGUUGUUGUUGACUCCAUCUGUGGUGUUUAUCAGACGUCUGGGCAGCUUCUUCUGGUUUUUGAGCAAAAGUAAUUUAAAAUUUAAAAAAGUAAUUUAUGCUUCAGGAAGUGAAACUCGGCUUUAAAAAAGCCGAGUUUUUUAAAGCCGAGGGGGGGGGGGGCUUUGGGGGAAGGCCAGAAGCUCUUUGAGCCAGCGUGGGUUUAAAUGAGCCAAUGAACGAGGAGCACCUGUGGACAGGUAGCGACCCGUUUGCCACCCAAAGGCUCCUCCCCCCUGAGUGUCAGGGAGGAGUUACAGACCGGUCAGUGCUUAAAUAAACCAGAAUGAUCCUUUAAAGUGAAAUCUAAACUCUGCUGGUGUUUCCUGUCAGGUGGAUUCUAACAGACUGAAAAUCCAUUUUUAUUCCUUAUUUUAUUCAGUUUUUGAUUCGUGAAUAAUGAAACCGUCCCUGAAACGACGACCAAAAAGCUGAAAUAUUCCUGUGUUUGUUCUGUUGCUACGCUUCACUUCCUGUUCCUGCUGGUUAAAGGUAGCUGUGGAGGUCGAGCGGCUGCUGCUUACUUAAAUAUUUUGAUGGUUUAAUUUUCUGGAGGGGGCGUGUCCUCUGUUAGCUCCUUAGAAACUGUACGUAUACCUCAGCCGAGGAGCGCCGAGUAUUACCGUGUGUGUCGCUCUGAUGGAGCCGAUCAGUGUGCUGAAACUUGUGGAUCCUAUUCGAUGGAACUCAUUUCCUAGAAUGUAUUAAUAUAAAAAUAUAUAUAACUGACAUGAAAGCCAAGUUUGAUGUCAUAUUUAAGAGGAAUUACGUGUCAUAAUUUAAAUAUUUGAUCCUUGUUUUGUUUUGUUUGAAUUUACUGUAAACAACAACAAUCAGCUGCAAAAUAAAAAUGAUUAAAAAGGUA